GCUGGCAAGGGCUACAAGAAGUUCACUGUUCAGAACGGCAAGCUGCUUCGAUCCAUAUGCUUGAAGUAUAGCUAGAUGGGUUCUCUUGCUUUCAAGGUCUUUCUUCUGCAAUUCGCACUUGCGCUGCAUCUAUAGGUAGGUUCUGCAUAUUUGUGAGCUGGUCUUUGCCCCGUAGUGCCCUUGGCAUCCAGCAGAAGGUGAGGGAUUGGAAGCUUGCCUUCCAAGCUGCAGUAGCACGCUCAAUGAGUUGUUGCUGAUAUUAACCAGGUGUGCAACUUGCUCUAAAAAUCAAUAUCUCUGGCGGUCAGAAAGUUGUUUGAAGAAGCUGCUGAGACUUCCUUCGACCUUCCUCUUGCUCAACAUGAAGCAACUUGCGCAGGUGUGCUCAAUGACCGACACUUUAAUACUCACAUUUGCAGCUAGUUCGCGUGAGUCACUGCUCAGGAUCCGGAAGAGCUCAUCCUACUGACUCUGCCAAUCAAGCUUCCUAAGGAAGGAGGGGCAGCACUGAGCAAAUUGGAGGCUGACCGAAGACAAUGGACAGAGAGGCAGACAAGAAUGCAGAUGCCGGGAGUGACGAUGAGGAGAUUGACGAAUAUGACUAUGUGUGGAGCAAUGCAAGGCAGGAUAUGGUGUACGACAAAACGGGACGGAAGAUCAAGCGCAGCAUCGUGAAUGCACGCGAACAGGCAAUCGACGACUACGUUGCCGAGCACUACGGGGGUGGGGUUGAUCCAAACCGGACGGAGCAGCAGAAGAAAGCGGAGAUGAGGGGUAAGGGGGAGGGGCCGUCGAACAUGAAGAACAAAAAUGGGGAGGAGAUGAGUUUUGAGGAGCUCAUGCAAAACUUCCGGGAAUGGCAGCAGACUCCUGAGGGAAAGGAGGCGAUCCGCAAGGAAGAAGAGGUUAAGGCGAGGAAAGCCGCUAAGAGCGGGGGUGCAUCAGAAUCUGUGGGAGGUGAUGUCAGCAAGGCAAAGAAAGGUGCCAAGGGCAAGAGCGUGGAGAAGGCGGGUAAGAAGGUCCAGGAACUAGAGCGGAAGUUGCAGAAGUUGGAGUUAGUGGGGAGUCCGUUGGCAGGGCGGAGACCGCUCACAGGGUAUCCUUUAGACCGGCCGGAGAAGCUGGAGCAGUGGCGGACCUACAUGGGAAAGGACGGGCGAGCUUACUUCGUUCGAGCAGGCGACAACGGACCCGGCACGUUUUGGAAGCCGGACGACCUGCUAGACACCUCGGAAGCUCAAACAGGUUGGCAAGAGCUCUUCGACAAGGACGGCCGCCCGUACUACUACGACCCCAAGACUAGAGAGACCAAGUCGCAGAUGCCGAGCCGCCUCAAGGUCGCACGCACAAUGGCUGACGUCAUGCUGAACGUUGGUUACGACGAUGACACCACGGCGCGCUUGGCGCCGAAACCGGGACCGGCGGGCUGGAACCUUUUCUCCGACGGUGAACUGCGGAAUGCCAGUGUGGAGGAGUUUGCGGAGUUGUCCGCUUCCCGCAUGGUGGACAUGAUGUCUUCCGGGGGCGUUCCGAUCCCGGAUGCAAUGCGCGAGUCGUUGAAAGCGGCGUGGAAAGAGCGUACCUUAGAAGAGUGCAAGAACGUCCCGCCGAAGGGAGGUGCAUCGAAGAACACGUCGGGACAGGAUUCGAAAACUAACGCGUUCGACGAGUUUAGAACGCUCCCAAACGGGCAGCGCGUGAGGGUGUGCUGGGAGCCGAGCUGCGGCAAAGACGAAGCGACGGCCGGAAAGUUCAAGCGCUGCAACGCGUGCGCCAAGGCGCGGUAUUGCUCCCGGGAUUGCCAGCUCCAGCAUUGGAAAGCUCACAAGAAGGAUUGUAAGGAAAUGGCAGCCGAGAGGCUUGAGGGAAAGCCUGGCAAAGCUCAUACAUAAUUUACGGGUCAGUGCAUGCAAGAGCGGCAUCCUUGAUAGACGUACAGCUUCCGGAUUUGCAUUUGUAUCGGACGUUUACGCACAGUGAAGUGACUUUGUAAACACACGUUCCAUCGCUGUAUAUAGUAAAUGGACAGGCUUGAACCCGAGCUUAUAUGGCUAGCUCCAAUUAGUGUCUGACGCAGACGCAUUGGAUGGUGAUGCGGUGACGCCCCUCUUCUUAGCGACUAUCGCC